AAUGCCAAAUAGAUGCAUGCACAUCCGCAACGGUUAAUUACCAUUCUACCCUAUAAAAGAGAUGUUGCACCUUCACCUUUACAUACAUCUUUUUGUGCAAACAUCAUGUCUCUAACAACAAAUGUAGUGGUCCCAAAUGUUGUCCUACAAUCAUCAUUCACCAUGCCGGUCAUCGGCUUUGGAACUGCCGCCAUGUCGAACGACAGCGACACCCUCAAAGCAGCCGUGAUUGAGGCCAUCAAGCUCGGUUACCGGCACUUUGACACUGCUUCCAUUUAUGGCUCCGAACAAGCUCUCGGAGAGGCCAUUGCUGAAGCCCUUAAACUUGGUCUCAUAAGCUCUAGGGAUGAACUUUUUAUCACUUCCAAGUUAUGGUUGUCCGAUAAUCAUCCCCAUCUUGUUCUUCCUGCUCUACAAAAUUCACUUAAGACUCUUGGAUUAGAAUACUUGGACCUUUACUUAAUCCACUGGCCACUGACUACAGAGCUUGAGCUGAAGAAAUUUCCUUAUGAUGAAGAUGACUUGUUGCCAUUUGACUUGAAGGGUGUGUGGACCUCAAUGCAAGAAUGCCAAAACUUGGGUCUCACUAAAUCAAUUGGAGUCAGCAACUUCUCUUGCAAAAAGCUUGAAAAUCUCCUCUCUUUUGCUAGUAUCCCUCCUGCGGUUAAUCAAGUGGAAUUGAAUCCUUGCUGGCAGCAGAAGAAUUUAAGAGAAUACUGCAAAACUAAAGGUAUUGUGGUAACUGCAUAUUCUCCUUUGGGAGCUAAAGAUUCCUUUUGGGGUGGUAAUCAUGUUAUGGACAAUGAACUACUGAAGCAAAUUGCAAAUGCUCAUGGAAAAACAGUUGCUCAUAUAAGUCUUAGAUGGCUCUAUGAACAAGGUGUAACUUUUGCAGUGAAGAGCUACAACAAAGAGAGAAUCAAACAGAACUUGGAAAUAUUUGACUUUUCACUUACAAAUGAUGAUUAUCAAAAGAUUAAUCAAAUUAAACAAGAGCGCAAGGUGAAGAACGGUCCCACUGGAUUCGAAUUUGCUGAAAAUCUUUGGGAUGGAGAAAAUUAGAUAAUGUUA